AUGUGGAUUACAAGGCUCUUCGGGCUGGUUGCCCUCCUCGUUAUUGUUACUGGCGAGAUAUGUCAAGACUGCUUGAAUGAUGCUCAAAUCGCGAGCAACCUCACGAUACUGGAGCAGUUAGAUAAAGUGUUGGUCGCUGGUAAACCACAGCCGCCACCAUCAGCACCACGACCUCCGCCUCCACCACCACCAACAAGAAUGCUUCCAGCGGAUGACCAAGUUUGGAAAAAAUGCAGAGAAAAGGGAUGUAUGCUCUCAUGGGCAAUGCGCUACGAAGACAGCCAAGUAGGAACCUAUUACGUUCCGCCCCGCUCUACAGCAGCGUCGCCGUACCAAAGUCUGAGUGACCUUGCGAAGUGGUUUUGGUUUCGAUGGCCCCAGACCAGCAUAAGGGAGGAAUAUUUCGAUUUCAACCGGGCUUGGGGCAUCGGCCAUGCACUCGAAGAACUCGGAGUUAAUCCGUAUGCAGAUGAAUACGAGGGAGGCGAGAAUCGGGUCUACAGUGUUGACCACAAACUACCGCCCGAUAACCCUUACCACGAUAUUCCUGUCGCUGACCAGAAGUACAAGGUCAACGACAAGACGUAUAGGGCCACAGCUGCUAGCUUUUCCUUUUCACUGAAUCCGACAGACGGUGUCAUCAUUGGUCUGAACCGAGAGAGCCCCAAAGCAACGGGAAAACAACAGGAGCCACCAGUCCCAGAUGACCAGAUGCCGGAACUUACCCAGUUUUCCGAUGUGGCGUGGCUGAGUUGGGAUGAUAUGGUCAAAGAGAAGAAUGGCGAUCUCAGUAACAUUCGAUAUUUCAUCUCAGUUUUGGUCGUUAACAGAGAGACCGUCUCAGUCGUGCUGAGAGCAUCGGAAAACAGGGGAUGGGGAGUCGAUGAUUGGCCAGGUCAUAUAUUCGAGGACGGGUCGCCAGAGAUGCAUGCAAUCAUGGGUAAGUCUCGAUCAUUCCAGGAGGGGUUGUAA